CAUUUUAUAAUUCCACCCAGAAGGUUAUAUAUAUGGGAGCCAAGGGCAUGCCACUCUUCAUUCCUCAGCCUUCUUCUCUAAACAAUUAAACCUUUGGUAACCGCUGCCCAUCUCUCCAUCUCCCUUUCACUUAGAAUGGCCAGCAUCCAGUCCAUCCGCAAGGCACAGAGGGCUGAUGGCCCGGCGACGAUCAUGGCCAUCGGAACCGCCAACCCUCCUCAUGCCGUCGACCAGAGCACCUACCCCGACUUCUACUUCCGAAUCACCAAAAAUGAGCACAAGCUCGAGCUCAAAGAGAAGUUCAAGCGCAUAUGUGAGAAAUCCAUGAUCAAGAAGCGGUACAUGUACCUCACUGAGGAUGUCCUCAAGCAGAACCCGAACAUGUGUGCUUACAUGGCAUCCUCUCUGGAUGCCCGGCAGGACAUCCUGGUGGAAGAGGUGCCGAAGCUGGGGAAGGAAGCAGCCGUGAAGGCCAUCAAGGAGUGGGGUCGUCCAAAGUCCAACAUCACCCACCUCGUCGUCUGCUCCACCAGCGGCGUCGACAUGCCUGGGGCCGACUACCAGCUCAUCAGGCUCCUCGGUCUCAACCCAUCCGUCAAGCGAGUCAUGCUCUACCACCAAGGCUGCUUCGCCGGAGGGACCGUGCUCCGCAUUGCCAAGGACCUUGCUGAGAACAACAAAGGUGCUCGUGUGCUUGUCGUAUGCUCCGAGAUCACUGUCGUCACCUUCCGAGGCACCGAUGACAUCCACUUCGAUAAUCUCGUAGGCCAGGCUCUCUUCGCCGAUGGUGCAGCGGCACUCAUCGUCGGAGCAGAUCCAAUGCAAGGUGUUGAGAGGCCACUCUUUGAGAUGGCUUCGGCGGCGCAGCUGAUAUUGCCAGACAGCGAGGGGGCCAUCGAAGGGCACCUCAGGGAAGUGGGCCUCACCUUCCACCUCCUCAACCAAGUCCCCACCAUUAUCUCCAAGAACAUUGAGAAGAGUUUAGAGGAGGCAUUCCAGCAGCUGGGUAUCUCUGAUUGGAAUUCAUUGUUCUGGAUUGCACACCCCGGUGGCCCGGCCAUACUUGAC